AUGUGGGCUUUACAGGUUUCGGCCGGGCCGGGCCGGGCUAGCCCGUUUGACAUACAGCUUCUCGCAGCCUUCAACAACACUGUUUCCGCGUAUCAGACUCGUCUCCAAGCAGCUCCCACCUCGACUGAGCUUACCGAGGCGAAUGCUACCAUCACUACUCUGAAAUUUGAGCUAGCGGAAUUGCAUGAUGCAGAGACGAAGAAUGUCGAAGCUCUUCGCCUUGGUGAUGAGCGUUUUAUUCGUGCUAAGUCACUAGAGCGCAAACUCAAGGAAGUCGAGGCCACCCGCGAUGAGCAUUGGGAAAAACUAAACUUUGCACGGGAAACUAUCUCGCUGCUGACUGAGAAUGAAGAGUUGGCUAAGGCUCAACUCGCAAAGGUGGAGCGGAAGUACAAAGUGCUAGCUGAUACUCGGGAGUUAGACCUGAAAACCACAACGCGUGAGGCGAGAAAGGAUCUUGCUAUCAAGUUUAAGACAACCCUCGACUUGGUGAAGUCGCACAUAGCGGGAAAGAACGCAAUGCUUGAACCUUUUGUCAAGAUCUCCGAGAUGAAGGCUAAUGUCGAGCUUCUUGAGGUCAUCAUCAAGGGUGAGUUUACGGAUUUCCAAGCUGAGCUAGAUGUGGUCUCUCUUGACAAGCAAGAUAAGUACGCAAAAGAUCUCGCCGAAGCCGAGGUAAGGGUUCUUAAACUCGAUAUGUCUCAGAUGAAACUUCUUACCUCUGAUCUCUCCUGA